AUGGAUCAACCUGUCGGAGACGGCGCAGAUGGCAGUCUCGGAAGUGUCGGGCGGUUCCACUCCACUUAUGGAAAAAAAGAAUCCGCUGACGGACCGCGUCAACAUGGAGCUGACGAUGUUGAAGAAUCUGACGACGUUGAAGGAUCUUCGGAAGGCGAAGAGGCCUCAAGAAACCUCCCGCUCUUGAUGCAAGCAGUGACUGUCGCUUUUCGAAGUGUCAGUCACUAGGAUCUGAUAGAGUAGGAGGGAGGCGCAUUCCGCCGAGCACUUUGUGAGUUUACGCUUUUUUUAAUGUAAUUGCCCUUUUUGGACAAGAAAAAUUUUUUUCAAGUGAUUUUUGUGUAAAAUGAAUGAUUUUUAGGUGACCCGCCUGUCAACCCUCCUCCAAACAGCCGCCCUGGAACUCUCACGCUGGAGAGCCGGCGAAUCAUUGUCCGAAUUGGAAUGGAUCAACCUGUCGGAGACGGCGCAGAUGGCAGUCUCGGAAGUGUCGGGCGGUUCCACUCCACUUAUGGAAAGAAAGAAUCCGCUGACGGACCGCGUCAACAUGGAGCUGACGAUGUUGAAGAAUCUGACGACGUUGAAGGAUCUUCGGAAGGCGAAGAGGCCUCAAGAAACCUCCCGCUCUUGA